AUGAUCAGUGAAGAGUAUGAAUUCGGUAAAGUUAGUAUACUAAACAGAAGAAAGUAUACGUUAAUCAUUGAUGAGGAUACGAAUGGUAGUUUUAUAAGAUUCACGGUUUUGCCUGAAUCUAGUUUGAAACUAAGGAAAUCUAAGCGGAAUGAAAGAGUGGAAGUUAAAAUGGGUGUGCAAUAUCACCGAAUUGCACUUAUGUUAUUAUCAAAUGUGGUUUUUUAUGGAAUUUGUGUGGGGACAAGAUUGCUUGAGUAUAUUAGUGAGAUUUUUGGAUUAAGAACUUGGACAAAUUGCCAGACUAUUAUUAUAAUGGGUUUAUUUGCCCUGUGCACAGUCAUGUUUGUGAGAGAACCAAGUGUGGAGACGGUAACGAUUUUCAAAGGAACUGGGCUACAAUUGUCCAGAGUGAACGGGAUAGUUGUUUUCCCCCAAAAGUGGAAUCGAAGGCUUUUUGAACGAGUGGAGUUUAUAUCCAAUGACAGAAUCAUUGACGUUGUGAUUAACGAAGGGUUUUAUCGUGGAUUCCAAGUAAUAUUUUACCUUGCAGCGAUUGUGCGUAAUGCAUCUAAACUGAAACUUUUAUUUCCAUCAAAUUUACCUAACAUUGAUGACCAACGGUUAAUAUACAAUAUAUCUAGGAAGUACCUGAACGAGCGGGCGAAGCCGUUGCAUAGACCAAAAGAUUAA